CAUAAAAGCUGAUUGCUCUCAACCAUAAAACAUCAUUUUGUUGGAGAGAAAUCUGCCUUUUGGAAGCACACAUCAAUGGUCUCGAUGGGCGGCCUCGCAGGAUUUUUGCUGCUUGCUCUGCUGGCUCUUCAUGGUAUAGCUGUUGGAGAGUCCCAAAGAAACUCUCUCAAUGAGCCUGACGUCCCCUUCCCGCCUGCCUGCCCCACCCCUCACAACCUGGCUGCCAUCUGCCAUUAUGGUCAAGGUCGUCCCAGAUACCUGGCCAGCUUCUUCUCAGGCUCUGGGUCCAGCCACUUCCGUCGCCGUGGAAAUGCCAUCAACCGUCUAGAGUCGUGGUACAGUUUGUGCUGCAGUGGACAGGUAGCCCAGGACAGCAGCCAGAUCCUCUGCUGUGCCACACAGGCUUGGAAGCAGGCCCUGUCUCAGUUCUGCGUUGAGGAAUACUCCACUAUGACUCUCGCAUAUGAGUGCUGUGAGGACAGAGGAGACGCACGCUGGUCAUGCUUCAACAGCGAGCUCCCAAACCCAAACUACAGCCCCACACCUGGGUACACUGCACCUGAAGUCCCCCUGCAACCAGGAUUUACUUUUAAUGCAAAUGCUUGCUAAAGGUGAAAAGGCUUUGUAAGAAUUUUAAAUGAUGAAAGAAAUGUAUCUGUUGUUUUCAGGAAUGACAUUGGCUUGAUAUUCUCAGAUAUAAAAGAUAAACAAUAUGAAGCUGAGCUGAUUACUGACAGAUGCAAAGAGGGUGAGGGAUAGUAGUUGAUUUUUUGCCACAUACAGAUGACAGCAGCUGAAGUUGGUUAACAUGUUGGGUGUGCUUUAACCAGGCAUUCUGGUUCUGGAUGAAAUGAAACCCAUUAUUAAGUUGCAAUAGUUUUCUGAUAUAACCCAAAUACACUUUGCACAAAGUGGUUUCUGUAGAGUUCUUUGUUUGAAAAAUAAAAGAUAGAAUAAAGACAUAA